GUGCGCGAAACAACCCCCUCGUCCCCGGGUUCGCGGCGCAGCGGCAGGCGCGCGAUGUCGGGCUUCAGCCCCGAGCUGAUCGAUUACCUGGAGGGGAAAAUCUCCUUCGAGGAGUUCGAGAGGCGCCGAGAGGAGCGCAAGAGCCGCGAGAGGAAGGAUGGAGAAAGUGUACCUACUGAGGAAAAUACAUAUGACCCAGAUGCUCCAUCUACAUCUGGAAAAGGAUCUGGUAAAUCCCGGAGUCGCAGUGAAACAGAAGGAGAAACAACAGAUGGGGUCAGUAAAUCUGUCCAUCGGGUCUUCGCUUCCAUGCUUGGGGAAAAUGAAGAUGAGGAGGAGGAAGAAGAGGAAGAGGAGGAAGAAGAUGAAGAAACCCCUGAGCAACCCACAGCAGGAGAUGUUUUUGUAUUAGAGAUGGUGCUUAAUCGAGAGACCAAGAAAAUGAUGAAAGAGAAAAGGCCUCGUAGUAAACUUCCUCGAGCCCUCAGAGGCCUCAUGGGAGAAGCCAACAUUAGGUUUGCUCGAGGGGAACACGAGGAGGCUAUACUGAUGUGCAUGGAAAUCAUAAGACAAGCUCCUCUUGCUUAUGAGCCAUUUUCUACUCUUGCCAUGAUCUAUGAAGACCAAGGUGAUAUGGAGAAAUCAUUGCAAUUUGAGUUGAUUGCAGCUCAUUUAAACCCUAGUGACACUGAGGAGUGGGUUAGACUGGCAGAAAUGUCACUAGAGCAGGACAAUAUUAAACAGGCCAUAUUUUGCUAUUCAAAAGCUCUGAAGUAUGACCCUACCAAUGUGCGUUAUCUGUGGGAGAGAUCAAGCUUGUAUGAGCAGAUGGGAGACCAUAAAAUGGCAAUGGAUGGCUAUAGACGAAUCUUAAAUCUUCUGUCCCCUUUUGAUGGAGAACGCUUUAUGCAGUUGGCCAGGGACAUGGCGAAGAGUUACUAUGAAGCCAAUGAUGUCACUUCUGCAAUUGAGAUAAUGGAAGAAGCCUUUACUAAACAUCAGAGCCUCAUCUCCAUGGAAGAUAUAAAUAUAGCAGCUGAACUGUAUAUCUCCAACAAACAGUAUGACAAAGCUAUGGCGGUUAUUACGGAUUUUUCAGGAAUUGUAGUUUCAAAGAAAGUGACUGAACAAGGCUCUUCUGAGGAGAAUAAAGCUGAAGAUAAAGUUAGCUGCUCUAUACCUGAUGGAGUUCCAAUAGACAUCACAGUAAAACUAAUGGUGUGCCUGGUUCACCUGAACAUCCUAGAGCCACUCAAUCCUCUUUUGACUACUCUAGUGGAGCAAAAUCCAGAGGAUAUGGGGGACUUGUACCUGGAUGUUGCAGAGGCGUUUCUGGAUGUUGGAGAAUACAAUUCAGCACUACCACUGUUGAGUGCCCUAGUUUGUUCCGAAAGAUAUAACUUGGCUGUAGUUUGGCUCCGGCAUGCAGAAUGUCUAAAAGCCUUGGGAUAUAUGGAGCGUGCUGCAGAGAGCUAUGCAAAAGUUGUUGAUCUUGCCCCGUUGCAUUUGGAUGCAAGAAUUUCACUUUCUACACUUCAGCAGCAGCUGGGUCGGCCUGAGAAAGCUCUGGAGGCUCUGGAACCAAUGUAUGAUCCAGAUACAUUGGCACAAGAUGCUAAUGCUGCGCAGCAGGAAUUAAAGUUACUGCUCCAUCGUUCAACGCUGUUGUAUUCUCAAGGCAAAAUGUAUGGUUAUGUGGACACUUUGCUUACCAUGCUAGCAAUGCUAUUAAAGGUAGCAAUGAACAGAGCUCAGGUGUGUUUGAUAUCUAGUUCCAAAUCCGGGGAGAGACACCUUUACCUUAUGAAGGUGUCUAGGGAUAAAAUUUCAGACAAUGAUGACCAAGAGACCGCAAACUGUGAUGCAAAAGCAAUAUUUGCUGUGCUCACAAGUGUGCUGACAAAAGAUGACUGGUGGAACCUCCUCCUGAAAGCCAUAUACUCUUUGUGUGACCUUUCCCGAUAUGAGGAGGCAGAGCUGCUGGUGGAUUCCUCACUGGAAUAUUAUUCAUUUUAUGAUGAUAGGCAAAAGCGCAAAGAGCUGGAGUACUUUGGUCUUUCAGCUGCAAUUCUGGACAAGAACUUCAGAAAAGGUUACAACUAUAUCAGGAUAAUGCUAAUGGAAAAUGUUAAUAAACCACAACUCUGGAACAUCUUCAAUCAAGUCACCAUGCAUUCUCAGGAUGUACGACAUCAUCGCUUUUGUCUUCGAUUAAUGCUGAAAAAUCCUGAUAAUCAUGCACUGUGUGUCCUAAAUGGGCAUAAUGCAUUCGUAUCUGGUAGUUUCAAGCAUGCUCUCGGACAAUAUGUGCAAGCCUUCCGUACUAACCCAGAUGAACCUCUGUACAGCCUUUGCAUAGGCUUAACUUUCAUCCAUAUGGCAUCUCAGAAGUAUGUGUUAAAAAGACAUGCUCUUCUUGUACAGGGAUUCUCUUUCCUUCACCGGUACCUGGGCCUCCGUGGACCGUGCCAAGAAUCUUUCUAUAACCUAGGCCGUGGCCUUCAUCAGCUGGGAUUAGUGCAUCUGGCAAUCCAUUAUUACCAAAAGGCACUUGAGCUUCCUCCUCUCAUCUUAGAGGGAAUAGAAGCUGAUCAGACAGACUUGCGAAGAGAUGUUGCCUUCAACUUGUCACUAAUUUAUCAGAGCAGUGGAAAUUUAAGAAUGGCUCAAAAGCUGUUGUAUACAUAUGGAAUCGUAUGAUGGAGUUUGUGGCACCUGUUUGUGACUAAGAGGUAGCCUGCUAGGAAAAUAACAUUUGUCAUUUCCACUGGGGCAUUGAGGAUCUCAGGCAUUACACACCAAUGGAAAGACCCAUUCAAAAAGAUAUGUACAUAUUUUUUCUAAACUGAUCUAGAUGUGAUUGGAUCAGAGUUGUUAGUUACUGUAUAUAUUUUGUUUCCUGAACUUUUGAGCUAUUUUUUCCAUUUCCUGAGGUUGGAACUGUAAAAUGCCCCGAUACAACCAAAGUUCAACAAGCAGGCUUUUGUGAGCAGAUUCUCCAGACAUACUUAGAUGUUGGUUGAGCACCUUAUUGAUGAGUUUUUGUGACGCCUGAAGUUGGUGCUGGUACA